AUGCAGCACAUAAACCUGGCACGGCUAUGGCAUGAAAGGACAUCCACUGAAUUGGACAGCGACGAUGAGACAGAACUGGUGGUCAGAGAUGUGGUGAAGGACCUGGUCGAUCGGGAGAACAGUACUGGGACAAGCAGCGCCACAGCCCCGAUUUCCAUCCGGUCAGCAAGCCUGAGAAGCGAGGAAGAAGAGUUGUUUCACACCCCAGAUCAAUCCAUUCUAUCGGAACAUGAAUCUGAACGAUAUUUCUCCCCGGAAAAGGAGUGGCGACGGAAAAACACAGAGAAAGAGGAUCGGGUCCACGAAGGCCUCCAAAGUGCGCUUCAAACUAAAGAAUUCUACUCGUCGGAACCAUCCACCUCAGCACCGACGACGCCGGCGAAACGUGACCAACACCUGAACAGCUCGAUCUCGGAGGAAGAUAGUGAGGAUGAGGGCUACUUUGAGUCGAGGCACACCAGCGCGGAUAGUCUACCGCAGCCACAACCUGUCUACGACACGAAAGCCAUCUGGGUGCACCGCCUGCCCGGCAACUAUGACACUCAAGCCGUGGCCGAGCGCCUCCGAAUCCGUGAGGACGAGAUUGUGUUCGACCAUACAGAACCUCAGAUUGUGCUCCGCUACGAUCCCUACGACGAUCGCAUCAGCGCCCUCAUCUACUUUUUGCAUCAAAAUGUUGCCAAAGAGUUCCACGCCGGCUGGCACAACCAAAUGUUGGACGGGAAAAUCCUUGAAACGGCCUACCGGAAGUGC